CUUGUGCAAGCGGUGCCGCCCGCAUGAGGCUGGGACAGGUGGGUGGGCCGGGCAGGGGCAGCUGCCGUGGGUGCUACGAGCCUGGCAUGGGUGCUGCACAGCUGAUGUGAGUGCUGCAAGAGUGGCGAGAGUGCUGCAAGGCUGCUACGGGUGGUGCAAGGUUCUACAAGGCUGGCACGGGUGGUGCAAGGCCGUAUGGGUGCUCUGAGCCUGGCAUGGGUGGUGCAAACUUGGCAUGGGUGCUGAGAGCCGGGCAAGGGCAGUGUGGGGCUGGCACACGCACCACGAGCCUGGCUUGGGAACUUUGAUCCUGGCACAGGCGCUGCGGGGCCUGGCACGGCUCCAGUAAGGCUGGCAUGGACACCGUGAGCCUGGCAUGGGCACGAGGCCGUGCAGCCCCAGGCAGCUCCUCCCUCUCCGUGGUGCCAGCCGCCUCCAAAACCCCCGUGUGUCCUCUGGCCGGACCCACCCCCACGGGUGACUCAGCCCAUUCCCAGCAAAGCCCGUCCCUAUAUAACACGGUGUCACCGUCGCACACACAGCGCCCGCCCGGCCGCUGCCUCAGUUUCCCCACGCUGCAGCCAUGUGGAUGGUGUCACCGCCGGUCGAUGAAGGAUCUCACCAGCUUGCCUGGCUUUGGGACCACGGCAAAGGUAUCUUCCAGUACACCAAGAAGCUGUUCCUGAGCAGGCCAGUGGGACGGGCACAGGCGCUGGAGUUCGUCCGGAAAAAUGCGGCCAACGCGCUCUCCAUGGCAAACCUGAUCGUGGGGCUCUCCUCCAUCCUCUGCAGCCUCAACAGGCAGUACCACUGCUCCUGCUGGCUGCUCCUGGUGGGCUUCCUGCUCGACUUGGCCGACGGAGCCGUCGCCCGGCAGCUCAACGCCUGCUCAGCGCUGGGAGCCAAGCUGGAUGACUUCGCCGACUUCACGUCCUUCGGGCUGGCCACGGCACUGCUGCUGCAGCCCCACGGCGUGCUGGACGGACUGCUGGCCAUCACCUACGUGCUGGCUGUCUUUGCUCGCCUCUGCUUCUUCUCCAGCGGGAUCCCCUUCACCUACCGGGGCUUGCCGUGUCCCUACGCUUCCUCACUGCUGGCCAGCACCUUUCUGCUGACGGGCGGCCAUGUCCUGCUGCUGCGUGUCACCGCUAUCGCCAUGGUCCUCUUCAUGGUUGACCGCGGCUUCUACCCCCACGACAAGGUGCUGGAAUCACAGUGCUGGAAGAAAGCGAUCUAUGCCGGAGGCAUUGUGGCUGUCCUGUUCUCGCCCGCAACGCUCGCUCCCAUCUACUACCUCGCCUGGUCGGCGUCGUACAUCCUACUCCCCUUUGCCAUCUGGAGCUGCAAAGCCUAAUGGCCAAGCGGCAGCAGCUCCGGCGAGGACCGCUCCGCCUUAACCUCCACCGCACGCGUAGUAAAGCUCUCCUCUGCCUCACUCUCGGGUGCCAGCGCCAGGCUGUCUCACCCCCCACCUUCGUUAGCUCUUCCCAGGGAGGAGAGCCAUGACAGCAGACUCCAAACCCAGCAGGUGCAAUGCCGUGGCCGCACAGGGCUUCCCACCAUGACGGAGCUUGCUUAGAAAACAGCUGAGCUCCUGCAAAGGGGAACUCGGCACCAGCAGAGCUCAGGCCAGGCUCCAACCUGUCCUGUGCACCCGUACCCUCAGCCAGAAGAACAACAGCCUUGCACCAGCCCCCCUUCCCGGGGAACCACCCCCCAGGUGCCUCCUGCCAGUCCCACCAGCUGGGACGCAGAUGGAGGUGUGACCAAUGCAUUCCCACUGUACAUAGUAAUUUAUUGUGAGGGCACAGUUGCGGCGGCUUUACAUCCCCCAAAUCCUCACCAUGAGGAGGAAGCAGCCCCCGCAGCAGGCAGUCCGUGGUGGGAUAGGAGAUGGCCACCCAUCACACCUGAGGGUGCCCCAUUUCCUUGCAAAGCCCAGCCCUGAGGCACGGGGAGCGCUCCGGUAUUUAUUUCUGACGUGUCACCAUAUAUCUGAAGCGUGUUCUUUUUUUCCUUUCUGCGUCCGGUCAAUGAGGUGUGGGAGGGAGGAAGGAAUGUGGAAGGGAAAAAUGGAACCUGAAACCCUGGGGCCGAACUCUCUGGAAAUAAAAAAGCUGGAGAACAA